UGCUCGAGGAACUGUCUGAGAGAGACAGAGCUAGGGCUUGGAGGAAGAGGGCAGGAUCGACACCGUCGCUGGGAAUUGCACGUCGUGCUGUUCUUGUUGUUGUCGUUGGUGGUGGUGGUGUCAAAGGAAGAGGAGGAGGACGACGAGGAGCAGCAGCAGCAGCUAGAAGUUCUUUAGCAGCGUUCGCCGGUUGUGGGGUGCGUGGACGUUUGAGCUUCGGAGCUCUUGGAUCGGUGCACGAUGAAGAUCUCCGUGAAGACCCUCAAGGGGAACCACUUUGAUCUGCAAGUCGCGGAGGAUGAGCUGGUUAGUUCCGUGAAAAGGAAGAUAGAGGGGUCCCAAGGGAAGGACGCUUUUCCAUGCGCGCAGCAGCUGCUGAUUCACCAGGGGAAGGUGCUGAAGGAUGAGACGACCAUGGCGGAUAACAAGGUGGCAGAGAAUGGUUUCCUGGUGGUGAUGUUGACGAAGACGAAAGCAGCACCGGCAUCGGGUGGUGCGCCCGCGUCGUCGUCGGGGUCCGCGCAGGUACUGACCAGUCGGGGCGGGGCGUGUUUGGACUUUUUGCGGAACAACCCACAGUUUCAAGCAUUGAGAACGAUGGUGCAAGCGAACCCGCAGAUUUUGCAGCCGAUGCUGCAAGAGUUGGGGAAGCAGAAUCCGGCGCUUCUGCGGCUGAUCAACGAGAAUCAGGCGGAGUUUUUGCGGCUGAUCAACGAGGCCGGCGCGGAAGGCGCGGAAGGAGGGGAUGCUUUGGGGCAGCUGGCAGGAGGAUACCCGCAGUCCGUUAACGUGACCCCAGAGGAGAGAGAAGCCAUCGAACGGUUGGAAGGGAUGGGGUUCAGCCGGGCACUGGUGAUCGAGGCGUUUCUGGCGUGCGAUAAGAACGAGCAAUUAGCGGCGAACUACCUUUUAGAGAAUGCAAAUGAGUAUGACGAUUUGUAACCAUAGGAUGUGAUGGAAUCGGGACUGUACAUUUCGAUCUGUGUUUACAGGAUUACUUCUCGUCAUUUGGUCGUGUGGAUUGUAAAAGUAGAGGCGGUGGGGUGUGGGCGCUUGAAAUAAUACCAGGCCCUAGGGGAUGAUGUUGAGAUGGCCGUGGUUUUGGGAGGGUGGGAAACCAGCUGCCAGUGUUCAUGUGUAACAGCGUCGUUUGUGGAAAUUAUCUAGAUGGAUGCAAUCACAACCCGUCGUGCAUGUGAGCAACAGCAGACGUCCUGGGAGCGAGUAUUGUGUGGUGGGUUCGCGUGGACCCAGUGCGUGUGUGGUGGUGAAUGUGGAAUGCACGUGUGUGGAAUGAGCAGCUGAGAAGCCGCAGCGGUGUGUUUGUAUGGCGAGGCCGAUGAUGUGGGGCGGAGGGUAGAGUGUGUUGGGAUGUCGCGUGAUGGAGGUGGGUUGUGGAGAAACGUGCGUGGACGUGUAUGCAUGGAUCGGGCUAGGUUUUGUGGUGGAUGGUGUGGGGAGACUGUGAGGCGUCCCGGUCGGUGGGGAGGGAUCGUUGGAUGUCUGUAUGUUGGGAGUGAUGAGACGGUGGUGAGAGAGAUGGCGCAUGUAGGAACAGAAGCAAGCGAAUGGAGUAGUGGGGGUGGGUUUGGAAGGUAUCGAUUUCGGGGAGAAUUUGGGCACAUUGUGAAGCUUUCAUCCAGAAAAAUAAGAUUUGAUGAUGAAACUGCA